AUGCUGCCUCGUGCCAAAGCGCCGAAGGAGCGUGCAACUGCGGUCGACGACGCGGACGCUGGGCUCCAGUUUGAGGCAAGCGAAAACUCGCUUCAACUCUCGCGUACACAGAGCGAAGUAGAAACGCCUGCGAAUGGCGUUGACGUCCCGGAGGUGCGGCAAGCGCCUCGUGCGCGCUACUGGACCGUGUUGAUGUCGAUGAUACGCUCUAUGAGCGCGGGCGCGGGUAUGUUCAUUGCAGCGUACUUCCUCAUCACCACUGGACAACUUAAAACGGUCUGGGAAGCGGCUUAUCCAACUUGCUGGCUCGGAGCAGUGCAUGGAAGCGUCAACUGCGCCAACCAAGUGCGUUGUCCGGGUCUCUUUCCGCAGUGCACAAGUGCCCCCUGCCAGGACAAUAUUCCGGGCUUCUGCACCGGCCCCGGCGGAGGGUACCCUUCUCGCGACACGUGCACCAGAAGUAUUCUUAUUGCAAACUCCUGUGUCGUUUUCGGUGGUAUCAUGCUUGGGAUGCUGGGCUUUGGCUGGGUCGCAGACGCCCUAGGCCGUCGUAUCGGGAGUAUCUGCACGGCAGCGGUUAUGGUUACAGGCGCCCUUGUCAUGACAUUUGUAUAUUCUGUGGAUAUCAGUACCAUCUUUAUUGUCCUCAGCUCAUUCUUCGGACUUUUAGGCAUCGGUAUUGGAGGCGAGUACCCGAUAUCCGCCUCUCGUGCCGCUGAACACAAACAGAAAAUCGAGGAAACCUCCGCUCAUGAGCGUCAUCAGAUCCAGAGACGCUUGCGAGGCGCUGCCAUCACGCUGGUCUUCAGCAUGCAAGGCAUUGGCAUCCUCUUUGGGUCGCUGCUAACCCUAGUUGCCAUUGCGGUUGCCAAGCAGACUGCGCCGAAUUGCCGCAUCCAAUCGAAUAACGAAAUGGGGUACUCUCAACGAGCCCUGAGUUUUGUUUGGCGUUUUGUGUACGGUGUCGGCGCGCUUUGGUUGUUCGGACUUUUGAUCCAUCGGUUUUACUUUGUUCAGGAGGACGAGGUCUUCAAGAGAGCGGCGAAACGACGGGAGGCGAGACGCCGUCGCGUGUUGACGCUCCGCUCCAGCCGCUCGGAAUAUCGCCAGCUACUCAGCUACUACUGGUCACGUUUAAUCGGGACCGGUUUUACCUGGUUCCUCAAUGAUGUUAUUCUGUACGGAAACCGUCUCUACUCGGGUCCCAUAUUCAACGGUAUCAACGAGAAUGCUGAUCUCCUUAUCCAGAAUGCGUGGAUCGUGCUGAACAAUGGCGUCUCCCUGGUUGGUUACUACCUCGCGGCAGCGAUCAUCGACCAGCCGUGGUGCGGACGACGCCGACUGCAGCUCUUUGGCUUCGCGAUGAUCGCGGUAUUCUUCGCGAUACUCGCUGGGACCUAUGAGCACUUCCGAACAAGUAACCGUCAUGCAUUGAUCGCACUUUACAUUCUGGCUUCCUUCUUCUCGCAGGUUGGACCGAACGUGGUGACCUACGUCGGUGCUGCCGAACUCUACCCCAGCGAAGUGCGAGCUCGUGCGCACGGCCUCAGCGCCUUUUGCGGCAAACUAGGCGCACUGGUCUCGACGCUCACCUUCGGCUACGUCGACAUUCGAACGAUAUUCAUCCUUACUGCCGCUGCUGCCGUCAUCGGUUUCCUGGCGACGUUCAUCUUCCUUCCGGAUGCAACCGGGUUGGAUCUGCGCGAACAUGACUGGGAAUGGGACCUGACUCUCCGUAACCACGCUGAGCUGUACGGCGGCGAGGCCGCCAAUCUACGACAUCUGUCGCUCUGCGAACGCUGGCAAGGCAGAGGCAAACGCUACACGCCGCACUGGCGAGCCCAGUUGCGCAAAGAGGAACGUUCAAGUGAUGCAGCGGCAACCAAGCUAGCAACACCGCCGAUCGCGGCGAGCACCCUCAUACCGUCUAUUGCUCCUGACAAUCGCUGA